UCCAGCCCCUCUGCGCGGCGGGACUGCGACCAACGCGGACUCGUUUACCCCCCCCCUCUCUCUCCCUCACCCCAUUAACUGUUUACAACCGGAAGAAGACUCCCCGAGCGGAACACGCUCCCGUUCCGAGGCAGUAAAGGACUCAUUGUGAGCCGGCUGCCUUUUUUUUUUGUUGGACACUGAUAUUGCGCAUGGCGGAUCUAAUGUGGACUCUGUCGGGUUUUUCACUCUCAACACCAGACAGUGGGAACAGGGAGUGAUCCCCCCCUCCCCUCUCCUGCCUGCAGCCCCCAUGCCGGGCAUUAGCAACGCCGCGCCUCGCUAUGAAAACUGGGACAUGGAACACCUGGACCACUACCAACAUUACUUCUACGACGACCACCACGACCCGGACGAGGAUUUCUUCAAGUCCACGGCGCCCAGCGAGGACAUAUGGAAGAAAUUCGAGCUGGUACCGACCCCGCCCAUGUCCCCUAUCCGGGCGGUGGAAGGGCCGGGCCGGGUCGGGCUGCUGUGCCCGUCCCUCGGGGACAAGCUGGAGUGGGUGUCUCAGUUCUUGGGGCAGGAGGACGAGCAGCAGCAGCAGCAGCAGGAGCUGCCCUGCAAGCUGACCGCGGCCAACGACUCCUUCGGGAACCUGAGCUCCAUCAUCAUCCAGGACUGCAUGUGGAGCGGCUUCUCCGCCGGGCAGCAGCUGGAGAGAGUCGUCGGGGAGCGCUGCGCCCCCUGUCCCGGGACUGCGGCGGCCAAACCGGCAUCCGCAGCCGUCACGUCCCCGGGGAGGGCGCCGUGUGGCCCCGCCGCCGAAGCGUCGGCUGCCGGCGGCGGCGGGCUGGCGGCGGACUGCGUGGACCCUGCUGCCGUGCUCACGUUCCCGUUAACCGGUGGCUGCAAGAAGCAAGUGUCCUCUGGCUCGGAGUCUCACACCGACUCAUCAGAUGAUGAAGAUGACCAAGAUGAAGACGAAGAAGAGAUCGACGUGGUGACGUUGGAGCACAAGCGGCAUCAGCGUAAACCUCGUCGACUGGUCAACGCUCGCAAACCGGUGACCAUCACGGUGCGGGCGGACCCCCUGGACCUCGGCAUGAAGCGCUUCCACAUCUCCAUCCACCAGCAGCAGCACAACUACGCCGCCCCCUCCCCAGACACGCCGCCGCCGCCGGCGGAGCCGCCUCGGAAGAGGGUCCGGCACGAGGCCCAGUCGCACCAGAACUCUCACUACCACCUGCCCCACCGGCAAGGCCACGCCCCUCUGAACUAUGACGGCCGGAAGUCUGCCGGAGUCCGGUCGGCGUCGCCCGACCUCGACGCCUGCUCUCCUACCUCCUCCCCGUCGUCGUCGCCCCCCUCCUCCUCCUCCUCCUCCUCCCCGUCCUCCUCUUCCUCCUCGACCCCCCACUCCCAGAGCUCCCCCUCGGAGCCCCACCCCCCCUUCUGCCACUUCUCCAGCCCCCAGUCCUCGGACGGCGAGGACACGGACAAGCGCAAGGCGCACAACUUCCUCGAGCGCAAGCGGCGCAACGACCUGCGCUCGCGGUUCCUGUCGCUGCGGGACGAGAUCCCGGGCCUGGCGGACUGCCCCAAGACGCCGAAGGUGGCGAUCCUGAUGCGGGCCACGGAGUACCUGCAGCAGCUGCACGCCGGCGAGAGGCAGAGGGCGCAGGAGAGGAAGCAGCUGAAGGCCAGGCAGCUGCAGCUGCUGCAGAGGCUGGCGCAGCUCAAGCGCUCGUGAGCGACCGAGUCGGCUGUCCACACACACACACACACACACACACAUCACAUAACUGGACUGGACUACAUGAAGGAGAGAGACACUAAUGUUCACUUUGAAAUUGGUCACGUUGGAAUAGUGCGGGUGGAUUUGUUGGUUUUUUGUUUUCUAUUUUUGUGGUUUGCACAUUUUAGCUUCUGAGUGAUCGACGUAAGCCGGGCCGGACAGCGAGCUCGGGACGCGUCUCAAGGGCAGAUGAAUAUGUCCGCGGCUACUCCAAUAUAGAUUUGCCCAACCGUUAUAUAUUCCCCUCCUUGUUGGGGGGAAGAAAUCCCGUUGCUUGCUACACGGCUGCAGCUUCUGGUUGAUAAACUGUGCUGUCUCAACUGCUGCAUGUUCUGGUCGGACCGUUUUUCCUUGAUUGUGAUGGGCUCCUCGGCGUGCUUGCGCAGCAGACGCGUCUCAAGCCCCGCCCCCUUGCGGAAAUUUCUCCAUAAAAUUCUCCCCCCCCGCAUUUAUUGUUCUGUACAGUCCCCCCUCCUUUAUCUCUCGGCAUAUAAAACAAGCUUGCACAUUUUGUUAUGGAGUUGUGCCUUGUUUCUACUCCUUUUGGUCUUACAUUGUUCCUUUAUUAACUUUUUUCAUUCUCCAUAGCAUCUUUUUUAUUUCUCCCCCCCAAAAUGUAUUUUUGUUCUUUCCUUCACACUUUUGCUCGUCUGGGGCUGCAGUGCGACGGUACCGAGCCGUGUCCCGCACAGCUCGGGUUCGGGCCUGACUUCUGCGCCCGCAGGUUUCCUCAUGGCGUCAACAGACGACCGGUUUGGCUGCAUUAUUUGGGGAACAUUUGAAAAAGCGUCGCCACAAAAGGAAUCUCGUGAAAACACACAAUGUUCUUUACCGAGAUUUCACCCGUGUACUUUAUUAUCGUUGUGCCAUGGAGACCAGCCGAAAGGUGAAUGUUGGCUCCAAAUUAUCAACCAAAAGAAACUUAGGGCAUGGCCGAAGAUUUAACUUGUAUGUUAAAAACUCUACAUCAAAAAUGCAGACUCUUGCUUUUCAGAUGAGGUCCAACUGUACAUUUCUUUCAUCUCGACGUCUUGAUUUAUAUUUGUAACUUGUUUUGCAUUUGAUGGAAUGCCUCUAGAAGCCUUUGGAUGUACGUAGCCGAUCCUGUUGGAUGUUAUGUAUCGUCCUUUACUGUACAGUCCCUUCUCAAACCAAAACCAGAGCCGUCUGCUCUACCCGUCAUACUUUGUGUUCGGUCCUGAAGGGCCAAGGCUUGCUGGCUUUUCAAUGAUAACUCAAAGCUUCUAUUUUUGUUAAUAAAAUGAUUAUGGAAAUAGUCGAAAUAAAACACUUGAUUGAACAUUGAUCACACGAGACACUUUGUCACCACGUUUUUUAUUUAUUAUUUUGUGCGACGCCUAUACUUGUGUUCUUUAAUUUCUGUUCUUUCUCUGGUGUUUUAUUUUAUUUGUACAAGUCAAAGAGUUGACAAAAAGUUUUUAUACUAUAUUUUCCUACAGAGUUGUGUGUUCAGUGUGAGCUAACGACUGUUUUCGUUAUUGCAGCUGGCGGGGCUUUGUUGGUGGUUUAUGUGCUGAAGGUUGGCGUGCACCUGAACGCCUCAAUCCAAUCGCUAUACCGCUGUGGUGGAGGGAGGGGAAUUUACACGGAUAUACCGAUGUUAAAACUUCUGGCUGUGUGUGUAGCCUUGAGUGACUUUACUGCUCUCUGCUCUCUUUUUGUUCCCGGUUGUUGUUCCCAUAAGCCAUGCGACAGAACACUGUAGCCCUUUGAACUCUUACUGUAAAUGACUCGGGGUCACGACGAGUAGCACGCUCUGCUCUUACCAGCACUCAGGAAACUCACACGUAGCUCUUGUGAUUGGGCCAUUAGCUGUGCCCCCCCCACACACACGCUGUAAUCUGCUGUAGAUGUACCAUAACCUGAGACCCACGCAGACAGAGACAGCAUUAGAUCAGGGGAUGCACCUGAAGAAAUUCUUCAGGGUAUCAUUUAAUUUCCCCUUGUAUCUCCUGAAAGGAAUAUUGUCGCCGCUCAUUAAUUCAGCACAAAACCAUCAGCCCUGGUUUUUCCUUUUCUCGAUGGUGUGCAACCACAGCAGUGGUUUUGCCUCAUUUAUUUUCUCUUUUCUUGUAUUGGUAACACGUCUGUUGUUGGCACAGUCACGGCAGCAGUGGAUGUUUCUUACUUUGGGAGUUUAACUAUGGUGAAUUAUAUAUUUUUUGGAGUCUUGUUUCUGCACUUUGUUUAUUUCUGUACCUCAUAAGCCUAUGUAUGAAGAGUAAAAAGGAAAAAUAAAAAAUUCAUGGUUUGACA